AUGAAGCUUGCCUUCUCCGGCGUUGACAAACUCCUCUUAAUGUCCACACCUCAAGAUGAUCUCGAUUACCACAAUGUACCUCACGGCCAGGGUCGCGAAAAACAUAAUUUCGCAGCAAUAGAUGCUGCACGGGAGUCGGGGGUGAAAUAUAUCGUAUACGCAUCAUUAGCAUUUGGAUUAGAGAGUAAAGCGGGGGUGAUGCGUGCACAUUUGAGAACUGAAGCGUAUUUGACAACAUUGGCAGAUAUCAAGUGGACGAUUGUACGAGAGGGACUGUACCAGGAAUCCUGGCCGCUGUAUGCGGGUUUCUAUGAUACGGUUGCGGAUUCUAGAGAGGAAGUCGUGGUUGCGGGGGAUGGGGGAGUAAGUAUGAUUAGUUUGGAGGAUUUGGGGAUUGCGGAUGCGUUGGUAUUAGUGGAUAGGUCGGGGAUGUAUGAGGAGGAAUUUUUGUACUUGAGUCCGAGGGAAUCGGUGUUUUUGAAUGAGGUUCUGAAGACGGUGUCGAGGAUUAAGGGGAGGGAAAUCAGAUUGAAGAUUGUGUCAGAAUGGGAAUAUGUCGAGUAUUAUGCGGAGAAGGGGUUCCCGAGAGCGAUGUUGGAGUGGUGGGUUAGUAGUUAUAUGGCGCUAAGUGAAAAGGAGAGUGUGAGAUUAAGGAUGGAAAAUCGGAUGAGCUGUUAG